UAAGCGUUUCUGUAACACAUUCUACCUGAGAAUUAAUGGCUGUUGUGUAACAUUUUCUGCUCAUUAAUCUAAGAAAGCAACAUCUAGAACACGUUAUACACUGUUUACCAGUCAGGACUUCACUUUUACCGUGUUCAGUGCAUGUUAGUGUGAGCAUCUGUCAUUUGAGCCUUGUUUGUUGUUGUAAUGUGCCAGCUUAACCAGUCUCCACUCCUGUGUAAUCAGACAUGCCCAGACACAAUAUGGAAACGCAGAAGAGUCAAUGGGACCCGGUCCGGAGAUCGCCGUGGAUCGUGAGAGUGGAGCAGAGCCCCGCCUCCUCGGGGGCGGAGUCAGACACCGAGGGCAGCAGCACAGAGAGCGAACAGCAUCGAGUCAAACAGGGAGGCGGAGUCUCGCUGACAUCACCGUCAAUGCUGCAGCAGCGAAUCACGGAGCUCGACCAGCAGAGGGAGGAGCUAAAGAUUGAGCUGCAGCUGGAGGUGGCGCUGCUGCGAGGGGAGCUGCAGGCUGAACAGGAGCGUCUGCGCAGACACACAGAGCAGCUGCAGGAGAAGCACAGGCAGCGCAAGAGCCAGCGCUUGGCCAGCAGACAGAAGGAGCGAGUGCAGCUGGAGGAGCAGCGUCUGAAGGUGGAGGAGGUGAAGAAGAGGUGUGAGGAGAUGGAGAAACAGAUUCCCUCGCAGCCAGAAGACCAGCGAGAGCAGAUGCUGCUUCAGCUGCAACAGGAGAAGGAUGCGCUGGAGGUCAAAGUGCGAGCAUUUGAAGACAUGGAGUUCCACAUUCUGGAGCUGGAGAGCGGAGUGGAAGACGAGCGAGACGGAGAGGACGGAGAAAGAGAAACGAUCAUCGGAAGAGAGAUAACCAGAGUACAGCACACACGCAACGCUUCUCAGGAACGAGUCCAGCAGCUGGAGAAGCAGCUGAAGGAAAUGGAAAAAGAAAAGGAUAAAGCGUUGAGUUCCCUCAGACAGGAGAGAAAGGAGCUGCUGCACAAGUCUCAGAGGGUUUUGAAAGAGAAGAAGCCGCUCACUGAUUGGUCCAACAUCACUGGCUCCUCCCCCUGCGUGAUGUCACUCAGUCCUCUAACCAUUCACAGAGCAGCACAGGAAUCACUGAAGGACUCGUCCAGUUUGCCCCGCAGACGCAGCUCUCACAGGAAGAACACAGACAGACCGCUCUCUGCACAAGUGUUGGUGCGAAUGACUCCAGACAGACAAACCUCGGAGGCUCCGUCGCCUCGCCUUCCUCACGACCACAGACUGAGUAAUGGACUGAGAUCAGUGCAGAGCGGCGGGAACGACUCGCACACACCGAGCAACAGCGCGAGCACCUCCCGCGCUCCCAGCCCGCAGAGCCUCCUGGAUUUAGUGGAGAUCGAGAGGAAACUCCGAGAGGCUAAAGCGGAGCGGGAACGUCUGCUGAAGGAGAGAGAGGAGAGACAGCGGCUGCUGGCAGAACAACACCGACAGAAAGAGCAGGAGUCUCUUAAAAUACAGACAGACGCAUCAAAACCAGACGAUGAUGAGGAGCGACUGCAGAUCAACUCGACACACAGAAACCUGGAGCAGGGCGUCCCGCUGUCUCUGACGGUGAACUUUGACCUGCGGGCUCACGUGGAGGCUCUGGGUCAUAACGUGUCGGGCUGUAUGGGGGUCAAUCUGUCUCCCCGGAGGUGCGGCGGCUUUCUGACCAAACGCGGAGGACGAGUGAAGACCUGGAGGAGGAGGUGGUUCAUCUUCGAUCUGGACCACCAGAGACUGGCCUACUACACCGAACUCAAUGAGAAGAAACUCAAAGGCGUGAUUUACUUCCAGGCCAUCAAGGAGGUUUAUUACGACCAUCUGCGAACAGCUACAUCAUCUCCGCGGCCGAGCCUCACCUUCUGCGUCAAAACCUAUGAGCGGCUCUUUUUCCUGGUGGCUCACAGCGCUGAAGCCAUGAGGAUCUGGAUGGACGUUAUAGUCACGGCCACAGACGAACACAGCAGAUACUGAGGAGCAGAGCACGCUGGGAUACACUGUGACUGACUGACAGUAGUUUGUGUUCUGCUGCCACCUGCUGUUACACUACCAGAAUACACCUCAGUGGCUUACACUUUAUUUAUUACGUUAUAUGUUCAUUUUUGUCAUAUUUUGCUAUUGAAAAGGGGGAAAGAAUCCUGCAAAGGGUUAAUAAAUAUUUACAUUCCAAA